CGGUUCUUAUAAGAUAACGCGACAGUCACUUCCUAUAUGUUAGUGACUGAUGUUGCUAUGGAAGUGAAGGUGCCGUAGAAACCCCCUUCACUCAGUAUAGGUAUGUUCCAGCUGCUCCAACGUGGUGUCAAGCGAGACGAGACAGCAUUGGGGUAAAAGAUGUCUCGUAACAUCUCCCAUGGAGGAUUGAGACGGCUUGACUUAACUGGAUCCAGAAGCUCGCCCGGCCUCUUGUCUCCAAAUUCUGGCCGUAUUGUGUGCGUAUACUGGACUCAAGAAAUGCACCUUCGAGACAUGUCCACUUACCAAGACUUGCCAAUCUUAGUUCCUUUGCAGAGCGAAAAUCACCUCACGCCCGACCAGUACCUUGUAAUGUUAUUUCCUGUACAAGUCUCGGUGCUUGCGACUUCUUCGUUGCUUUACUGCUGCGCACUUGCUUCACUUGAAUUCGGAUAUCCAUUCUUUAUGUCUCGGCCGUUUGGGCAAUCAAUCCUUCUUACGUGCUUUUACUGCAAAGCCAGAUGCCUCAUAUGAGCUCCACCGAGCCACACUCUGCGCGACAGUCAGUUACAUACACCCUACUCGCAGCCACUUUCGUAAGUGCCUAAUACUCUGAGUCGGCAGAACCGCAAUUCGUUGACAUCUACCUCAGAU